AUGGCGGGACGAUGGUUGCGGCACGGCUCCUGGCAGCAAGUGGUACUAUUGAGCGGACGCUGCAGCGUACGGCUGCCUGGCGCGGGGAAGGGAGAGGGCAGCAGGCAUUGUUCAGGAAGUGCAUCACUUCAGAAGACUGAAGCUGACCCAGGAGUUACUGAAGAAGAAAUUGUUGUUCCAAGAAAGAAAACUUGGGAUAAACUAGCAGUUCUUCAAACUCUUGCAUCUACAGUAAACAGGGAUCCUACAGCUGCACAUUAUAUGUUUCAAGAUGACCCCUUCCUUAUCCCUAGAAACUAUUUUGACGCUCGUUCACUUUCGUUGUCCAAGGAGUCUGGGAAAAAUGCUGCAAAAUACAUUGUUAACGAAUUCCCUCAAUUCUUUGAGAAGGACAUUGCGGAGCCUCAUAUACCGUGCCUGAUGCCAGAGAAUCUUGCACCUCAGAUUGAAGAAGUGAGUGAGGCAGCUCUUAAAGAACGUAUCCAGCUUAGAAGAGUAAAAGCUUCUGUGGACAUGUUUGAUCAGCUCCUGCAAGCAGGAACCCCUUUAUCUCUGGAGACAUCAAACCGUCUUCUGGAUCUAUUAUGUUUCUAUGGAGACAGAGAGCCUACUAGGGAAGAUCAGUCUGAACAAAAGGAGGAGCUGAAAGAAUCAGAGGAGGAAGCUCCAGAUCAGAGGAAACGGAGGGGGCGUUCACGGAAGACCUCAGACUUCAUUGGCCCUAAGUGGAGGGAGAACAACAAUGCCGAAAGGAUAUUUAACCUAAUGCCAGAGAGAAAUGCACACUCCUAUUGCACAAUGAUCAGAGGAAUGGUGAAGCAUGGGGCUUGCAAGAGGGCUCAUGAUAUGUACACAGACUUGCUGAAUGACAGGCACACCGCUGAUGUGUACACCUUCAAUGCCCUAAUUUUAGCAGUCCGAGAAGUGAAAGAAAACUACAUUGAAAGAUGGGAACUUAUUGAAGACUUGCUGAAGCACAUGGUUCAACAGAAGGUGCAACCAAAUCUGUUAACUUUUAAUGCUGUUUUGAAGACCCUGAGGAAAUGUGGUAGUGUGGGCAAGAGUAUCUCCCUAAAGAUACUGAGGGAAAUGAAAGCACUUAACAUAGAACCCAGCCUUGCAACAUUUGAACAUCUCCUUGAUAUAUUUUAUAAAUCCGGCUCAAUGGAACUCCUCUAUGAAGUGAUGGAUGAAAUUGAAGGAAAGACUUUUGUUGCUCGGGAUCCAGACGAUGACAAGUUCUUUGUCGAUGCGAUGCGAAUAUGCUUCAGUCUUAAGGAUGUUGAGCUUGCAUAUAGAUUACAUAAGGUACUGGAGACAGGAGACAACUGGAAACUUCUAGGAGAUGCCCAGAAACAGUCUUUCUAUUGUGCAAAGUUCUUUACUCUGGUGUGUAGGAUGGAACAACUCGAUGUCAUAUUGAAGUGGUAUAAAGAACUGGUCCCUUCGCUCUUCUACCCAAAUGCUCAAGUAAUGUGUGAUCUCCUUCAAGCAUUGGACACAGCCAACCGUUUGGAAAUGGUCCCUCAGAUUUGGAAAGAGAUCAAACAGCUUGAGUUUAGCAAAAGACCCGAACUGUUGGAGGAGGUGUUGGCUCUGAUGGCCAGGGAGAUACACCCUCAGGAGACUCAAAUGUCAUUUGCCAACUGUGCUGCAGAUAUCAAAUCUAUUUUUGAAACUCGAGAGAGGAACCAGGUCCCCUUAGAGUGGACAGCGAGUGCUCUGGGUAACAUUGCCAUACUGUUCUCAAGGAUGGGGAGUAUCCAAGAAGCCUGGAACAUGCUGGAGCUUUUCAAAAAAAACAAGAGAGUCCCCAGCGACAAGGUGAUGAACGAGGUCUUGACCUGCACUAAACAAAGCAACGCUCCAGAUCAGGCGGUUGAGCUAGUGAAGUUGGCUGCUGCCUUCAGUCUACCUACAACUGCAAAGCUUGCAAGGAGGGUGAUGGAGGAGUUUGAACUGUCUGAAGAGCAGAAGAAGGCUCUGGAAGAUGCUGAUCCCCAAAGCAGUGAUAGCGACAGCGACUAG